GAGAUGAAAAAGGACUCAUCGCAAGAAAACCGAAGCAAAGAUAGUAUACAACGUGAGGAAUUUGAGGAACGCUCGAGGGUGGCUUAAGAAAUGAUCGUGAACACGGGACCGACGUACUCCCAAGAUUUAUCGUUUCUUUAUUCGUUUUUACCCUCGAAGGGAUGCCUAACGCGGAAAAGCACAUCCGAUCGGUCGAGCGAUCGAGGAACAAUCAAAAGGCUCGCGGUCAGUGCGUGAAUACCGGGAUCGCUAGCGGGAAAUCCCGAGAUCUUUCCCCGCUCGAAUCGAGAAAGCGGCUUCCUCCGCGUUGAUGGUCCGUCGGGAAUUCUACCAGCAGGAAGUGCGAUUCAAAUAACUAAUCUGCUUGUCAACAAGAAGAGAACAAAAUCUAAUCGAUUGCAAAAAUGUAGAGAAAAUUCGCGCGAGUGAGAACGAGUGAAGGAUGGAAAACUCUCCGCUUCGAGAUAGGUGCUCGGCUCGUGGUAGGAAUUUGAUUGAUGUAACGGGUGAGGCGAAUCGACGAAGAUCCUAGGAUUUCCCUAAGAGAGACUAGGACUGUCGAGAGCAGCGUGAAACGGCGCGCAAUUAAGGCAGUUAAGAUGCACCAGCGUGUGCCUUGGCCGUUGCUGCUCCUGACCUUGUCGCUGCAGCGUUUAACGAGCUUGUCGACGGUACAGUCGAGAAUGCACAACGAGGCGGUACUGAUACCCGGCGACAUCGUACUGGGCGGAUUAUUCCCGGUGCACGAGAAGGGUGGUGGUCCAACCGCGUGUGGGCCCAACAUCUAUCACCGGGGCGUGCAGCGGCUCGAGGCGAUGUUGUUCGCCGUCGAUCAGAUCAAUCAAGAGGACAACAUACUACCGGGUAUCAUACUGGGCGUGCACAUCCUCGACACGUGCGGCCGCGACACGUACGCGCUCAAUCAGAGCUUGCACUUCGUCCGGGCGUCCCUGUCCAACAUCGACAUCAGCGUGCUGGAGUGCGCGGACAAGUCGACACCCAGAGUAAAGAGGACUGCAAGCGCGGGACCCAUCUUCGGGGUGAUAGGUGGCUCCUACAGCUCGGUGUCACUGCAGGUGGCGAACUUGCUGCGACUCUUUCAUAUCCCCCAGAUAUCGCCGGCGUCCACGGCUAAGGCACUCAGCGAUAAGACCAGGUUCGAUUACUUUGCGAGGACGGUACCGCCGGACACCUUCCAGUCGAUCGCACUGGUCGACGUAGUGAAAAGCGCCAACUGGUCGUAUGUCUCCACAGUGUAUUCCGAGGGCAGCUAUGGAGAAUACGGGAUAGAGGUGUUCACGCGUGAAGCUACCGAGCGUAACGUUUGCAUCGCAGCUGCACUGAAGGUACCCAGCGCCGCCAACGACAAGGUGUUCGAUGAUAUUAUCCAGCGCCUAAGCAAGAAACCAAAUGCCCGCGCAAUCGUUCUGUUCACCCGGGCGGAGGAUGCCCGUGGUAUCCUCGAGGCCGCGAGACGAUCAAACCUCAGUCAGCCAUUUCAGUGGCUGGCCAGUGACGGUUGGGGCCGGCAAAGUAAAUUAAUCGAGGGCCUCGAAGAAGAGGCCGAAGGUGCCAUCACUGUCGAGCUGCAAUCGGAGAACAUCCCUGGCUUCGACAGCUAUAUGGAGUCGCUCACCCCCGAGAACAAUCGACGGAAUCCUUGGUUCGGCGAGUACUGGGAGGAGGUGUUCGGCUGCACUCUUCGAAGGAAUGUGACGACCUACGAGCGUUUCGGUUCACAGGUCGGAUGGAAGAUUGGUACCGGCAAUCAGAGUUAUCUCAUCUGCCCUCCUGGACUCAAGCUCAGCACGACGAGCGGCUACGAGCAGGAGUCCAAGGUGCAAUUCGUCGUGGACGCGGUCUACGCGUUCGCCCUAGCGCUCAGUAAGCUACGCCACGAUCUCUGCGGGCGCGAAAAGGGCUUGUGCUCGUCAAUGGCCAACUACGACCGUGGCGCGUUCUAUAAAAAUUAUCUGCUGAACGUGUCCUUUAUAGACGCCGCCGGUAGUGAGGUGAAAUUCGACGAGCACGGAGACGGCCUGGCGCGAUAUGAAAUCCUCAAUUUCCGUAAAGGGACGAACAACAAUGGCGCGAACGGCUAUCAUUAUCGGGUGGUGGGCAAAUGGUACAACUCCCUGGACAUUCGUACGGAGGAGAUGGUGUGGGCGCGGGGAACGAAGGACAUACCGAUCUCCGCGUGCUCGCUACCCUGCGAGCCAGGUAUGAUAAAGAAGCAACAGGGUGACACUUGUUGCUGGGUUUGCGACCAAUGCGAGGCGUACGAGUAUGUCUACGACGAGCACACCUGCAUGGAUUGCGGCCCGGGUUUCUGGCCGCAUCCCGACAAACGGGGAUGCUAUCAGCUACCAAUUAAUCAUAUCAGGUGGAGCAGCGCUUUCGCCAUCAUACCUGCGGUAAUAUCUUGCCUAGGAAUCGUGGCAACCCUGGCGGUGGCGUGCUUGCUCUUUCAACACCGCGACACUCCAGUUGUCCGCGCCUCCGGACGAGAACUCACCGUGAUCCUGCUGGCGGGCGUCCUGGUGUGUUACUUGAACACCUUCGUGCUUCUCGCCACGCCGACUACGGCUACCUGCGUUCUUCAGCGUUUCGGGGUCGGUGUGAGCUUCAGUGCCGUGUAUGGCGCCUUACUCACCAAGACCAAUCGAAUAGCCAGGAUCUUCGACUCAGCCUCGAGAUCUGCCGUCAGACCGCGAUACAUCAGUCCCACGUCGCAGGUCUGCAUCGCGGCUGCGCUAAUCGCCUUUCAGGUGGUGCUCACACUGGUCUGGAUGAUCAUCGAGCCGCCGGGUACCAGGCACUCGUACCCGGAUCGCCGUCAGGUGAUCCUCAAGUGUAACAUCCAGGACAUGAGCUUCCUGUUCUCCCAGCUGUACAACGCUCUGCUGAUCCUCAUCUCGACCGUGUACGCGGUGAAGACACGUAAGAUCCCGGAGAACUUCAACGAGAGCAAGUUCAUCGGCUUCACCAUGUACACCACGUGCAUCAUCUGGCUCGCCUUCGUGCCGAUCUACUUCGGCACUGGGAACGCCCAUGAGACUCAGAUCACGACCCUCUGCGUGGCGAUCAGCCUGAGCGCGUCCGUCACUCUAGUCUGCCUCUACUCGCCCAAGGUCUACAUCAUCGUCUUCCAGCCAGACAAGAAUGUACGUGGCAAGGUCUGCAUAGGCAGCACGUUCAAGAAGCAGAGCAGCAGCGCCGGCGCGUCCUCCAUGACGAAAUAUACGGGCUGUGAAUCGGCGAGUGAGAACGUGCCGUUGCAGGGUGCCUUGACCUCAGCGGUGCGGACGUCCGUAGGAGUCACCGAGAUCUCACUAACGUCCAGCACCACCAGCAAGACCAAUAACGAGCAAGUGGCGCAAUUGUAGACUACUUUGGACUACUUUCAUCGUGGCUAUGUGAGACGCAGAGAAACGCACACAGUGACAUCGUUGGAUGUGCGCGUCUGGAAUUAGCAAAUUGCUAACAUUGAUAUUCCCACAGAUUUCUGUAUAUUAGA